GAUUCAGUCUUGUCGUAGCCCUCAUUGUGGCAGCAACGAUUUUAUUCAAACUUACAUUUUGUGCGUCUGCGCUGAAAUUGGUGAUCGAAUUGAAUACAUUUGCAGUAUCGCGUUGGCGUCGCUACCAACUUUUCAUUCAAAUUGUUUUUGUUCUUUUUUGUCCUCUUCUAAAUUCGUUGUGUUGUUAUUUUUAUUAUUUUACUCUGGAGUAACAGUGAUUUGCUUCAAAUUGCCAGAUCAGUUUGCUGGUUGCCGUAAUGUUGUGUUAAAAAGGCGUGAAGUGAGAAAAAUAUAAAACUAAAACAAUAUCGAACAUAUGCAUGCGUAUGUAAAAAUAAAAUAAAAAUAAAACAAAAAGAAUAAAUCGCCGACGAAAGGAGCGAACGGAGUGGCGGAUCUAGUAGCAAAGGAGCGUUGCUGAUUCACUCAAGCAAAACGUUCAAAUGCGUUGAGCACGCUCAGCAGCAGUCGGUCGUAGACGGAUCGAAUAGCACUCGCCGUGGGCAAUAUUCCAAUAUUUUUUUUCGACAGAAUAAAAGCAAUAAACGAGUAUGUGUUAUAUCAUCAUCACCGGUGGCAGCAUAGUCUGGUUCGUGUUGAGCCUAAUCGCCGACAUGUUAAUCGUCUCUGCGAUAGUCACACCCAAAUGGUUGAUUGGGCCGAAUCCAACAUUUGUCAGUAUCGAUUCCAGCUCUUCUGCUCGCCUGCUCUCGCAAAAUGACACUCAGCUGAUUGUACCUAUACCAUCGGUGCGUUAUCCUUCCGUAGGCAUUUAUACGCGCUGUAAGGUGAUGCACAGUUCUGGUUAUAAUUGUGGUCCCUUCGAUUUGGAUGGUUUCGCGACAGAUAACAGUGUUUAUCCAGGUGCGUGGAAAUCCACAAUGUUCUUCAUGUCACUGGGCUUCGCCGUGCACUCCAUAACAGUGGCGUUAACGCUCGUUACUUGUUGCCGGCAAUCGGCUUUCGGCAAAAGCAUACACAAUAUGACCGGCUGUGCGCAAGUUGUGUCAGCGAUCAGCAUUAUGUUGGCGAUUUUUCUACAUCCAUUAGCGUGGGGCGCGCCUCGUGUGCAGGUAUUGUGUGGCGCAGAUGCCGAACCUUUCUAUCCAGGAGGUUGCUCAAUUGGCAUAUCCUUUUACUGUGCUGUAGCCGCCGCUUUGCUUUGUUUCAUUUGCGCCGGCAUCAGUCUGAAAGCGGAAUCAUCUAAUAUGCGCAUGCGCGUAAAACGGCGCGUCGAAGAGGGCAAUCGAUUGGUAUGCAUUCCAUAAAACCAUUCUAUGUAAAGUAUUAAUUGUAAUUCCUCAAAUGUUCGCAUCGUAAAAAUGUAUUUCGAAUUUAUCGAAUAAGAUAACUGUGUUGUAAAUUAUUUUAUACAUAUAAACUUUUUUAUUAAUUUUAAGAGAAAUUAAUGUAAUAGACUAGGCUAAGCUGUGUGAAAUCUUCCCUACAUAAACUCAAGUGACAUAUUUUUUUUUGCAUUUAUGAAAGUGUA